GGGUGCAUAGAUCACAUCCGGGGCUGGUUUAUUCUAAUAUCGAAAAGUCCAACCCGGAAAAAAAAAGUAAAGUCUUCUGUAAUCCGAUCACACAAACAAAUAGAGGAAAGUGUGAGGGUGUUCGACACGCCGGUUCUUCUUUAAGUCUGCUGCCUGUAAAAGUUGUUUAAAAGUUCCUCUGAGGAUGAUCGUAGGCGCAGAAGCGGACUCUGCGCCCUCCGCUUGGUUUCUGGGCGCUGGCUGUGGCGCACUCUGACUCUCCACAGCGGUGAUUAUGUGAUAGUGGCAGCGAUGCCGUAUCUGGACCGCUUGAAUCGUGUGUGCGGCUUCCUGGACAUCGAGGAGAAGGAGAACAGCUGCCGCUUCCAGAGGCGAUACUUCAUUCUUGACACACAGGGGAAUGUACUGCUGUGGUACAUGGACAAUCCCCAGAACCUGGCCAGCGGAGCCAGCUUUGUCGGCAGCCUGAGAUUAACCUACAUCUCUAAGGUGAGCGAAGCCACUGCAAAGCAAAAACCGAAGACCGAGUUCUGCUUCGUCAUAAAUGCAGUUUCACGGCGGUACUUCCUUCAAGCCAAUGAUGCGGUCGACAUGAGGGACUGGGUGGAUGCUCUCAACAAGGCCAGCAAGAUCACUGUUCCUAAAUCUUGCCCUGUGCCUCCCAAAUCUAACGCGGGUGCCGUGAUCAGCGUCACCCAGGAAGGGAGGAAACAACAGGCCUACAAGACAGAGAUCAUUGGUGGUGUGGUGGUCCACACUCCAAUUCAGAAUGAAACUGAAGAGACAGAGGGGAAAGAGAAGAAGGGAAACAAGCCUGGUGUGCUGAGAUGUGGUUUCUGCGUCAAACAAGGAAAUAUGAGGAAGAGUUGGAAGAGGCGGUUCUUCACCCUGGAUGAUAACGCAGUCAGCUACUACAAGACUGAAACGGACAAGGAGCCUCUCCGAGGCAUUCUGCUCAGAGACAUUCAGAAGGUCCAUGAAUGUCUCGUCAAGUCCGGGGACCUCCUGUUUAGAGAUAAUCUUUUUGAGAUCAUCACCAACUCCAGAACUUUCUACAUCCAGACGGACACCCCAGAGGAAAUGCACGAUUGGAUCAGGGAUAUUGAGAUGAAAAUUCGGGAAUUCAGAGGACCCCCACGGGGAUAUCAGUUUAAACGAGUAUCUUCUCUCCAUCAAAGACACAAUGCCAGCAGCUGUGCCUCCCGUCUGCAGAGUAGUGAGACGCGACCUCAGCUGGUGAAGUCCUGCUCUGUGGCUCCAGGCUGGCAGCCCUGGACACCCGUUCCUCCGGGUGAGCCCUCCAUUAUAGACAUGGAGGAUGAAGACAGCCCUUUCAGCCCUGUUCCCACUCUGCCUUCCCUCUCCUCCUCGUCCACUUCCUCAUCCACCUCAUCCUCCUCUAACUCCCUGUCCACCCCAACCCCAUGCCCCAGUGCAUCCCAGGUCCCUUCAGGCAGCGGGCUGGGGAUUCUCACGGCAUCGGCAGACGUUGCGAGCGGGCGGCGACGGCACCGCUCACAGCCUCAGCCUCACUCUGCCUUUCCCUUCAGCCUAGAUGAUGACUGCCUCCGCACAACAGACGUCUAACUCAGAGCAGUGUGUGCAGAAUCCUGUGUGGACUAAAGUGUUGGAACUUGUUUUUUGUUUAGUGAUCAUUGUGACUGCUAAUGAAGAGACAAUGUGUCCAUGGCAUGAGAUUGGGGGCCUCCUGCUGGUGAUGUUACUGCUUUGCAGAUGAAGGAUACACCCAGCUAGGAGAAGAGGAGGAAAAGUCUUAUUGGUCCAAGGACUGUAAAAGGAGGGGUGGAGAGUUUUAAAGCAACUUCUUCUGAAAACUUGAAUAAUCUUGUUAGUUUUUCUUUUUAGCCUGAAAAAUGGCGGCACAUGCUUUCAGACUUAUGCACUUGGCAUCAGAUAUGUGUCCCUGUCGCUGGGACUGUGCUUUGCAAGACAAUUAUCAAACAAAAUGUUUAAAGAAAUGUUAACACUUUUUAAACUUUACAUAACGAUACUUUUAACAUCUUUUCACACUUUCUGUUCCAUACAGGCCCAGUGUUGUUUUCUAGUCUUUCAUUCCCGAAACACAUAUUAUUGUAAAGAAACGAUUGCAUCAUCUGCAUACAGUUAAAUUUCAUACUUUUGUAUUUCUAACAUCUUUAAUGUAUUUACGCAGUUUUUUUUUUAACUGCUUAAAGAUCAACUGUCAGUUAACUGCAAGUCUGUUUGAAGGUUUAAGCUUGGUACUAUGAAAAUGCUGCAGUGUUACAGUGGUACUUGUUGUAAAACAUCCUGCUGGUAUCAUGAUUGUGUCAGCUGCUUUGGAAAUAUAAAUGUGAUUGUCAUGUUGCAGCAUUAUGUGGAAUGUUUUUGCCACUACUUUUGGUAAUUGAACCGUAAUUCUGCACUUUGCAUUUUGUAUUUGUACAUGCAUGUAUGUGUGUGUUGUGUUUUUUUUAAUAGUUUUGUCUUUUGAUCUUUCAUAGUGGUGAACUAUACCUUCCUCACAUGCUCUGUGUUGCUACACUAGCUUAUGUCGAGACUUCAUUGAUGUGGUACCAUGUUCAUUCCUGUUUCCAUUCUCUGAGGCUGUGUGCACUUAUCUGCCUGCGUGCCAUGGUAAUUCUUUCUUGUAUAUUAAAAAUUGCUUAAUAUUG